AACAACAACAUAUGGUGAGAUUUAGUGCAGAGACAACCUCUCUGAAUAUUGACAAGACAAAGGAGAUGAUUGUCAACUUCAGUAGGGCUGGAGCAUCUCCUCCUCCCCCCCAUUCCACAGGUCGAUGGCAAGACAGUGUUUUAAGUUCUUGGGGGUGCUCGUCACAGCCAGAACACCACUCCCUGGGGGGAAAAACACCUGCACUUCAUUAGAAGGCUAAAGAGAGUUGGUCUGUGCACAUCCAUCCUCUACAGAUGUAGGCCUACCAUAAAGUCCAUACUGACCUGCUGCAUCACUGUUUGGGAUGGAAACUGUUCAGCUGCAGACAGGAAGGCCCUGGCAGCGGGUUGUGAAGACAACCCAGCACAUCAUCACUGGGACAAGUUUCCUGCCAUAAAGACCAUUUACACAGAAAGGUGUAAAAGAAAAGCCUGCAGCAUCAUGAAGGACUCCUCUCAGUCCUUUCCAUGUCUAUUUGACUUUUUUUUUUUUUAAGGAGUUUUAGUAAAAAUACUGAGCUUGUUGAUUGACUUAUAGGUUGGAAACAGGAUUUGACAUAAAGGUUGAUGCUUGACCUUGGAAACACAUUUCAGUGUCACUGUAAGGCAAAAUCCACUUUGUUUUCUUUCCGGGGGGCCUGAAAUAAUAUGAAAAAACAAAGGCUGAUAGAAAGUAACUGAAAUAAACAAAACUAGUUGGUACAGGAAUUGGUGGAAUGAAAUGGCAUCUUGGGCCAUGGGUAUCCCAAGCUUGUAGAUUGUGUAAAAACCAUUUGGCUAUAAGGCCAAAGAGGUAGGUCAUCUAAGGGAAGUGCACAGAUCUAAAAGGGUUUCCUUUAUCUGUGGAAGGUGCUGCUGCACAUACAGUACACGUGUGCAUUGCUUACACUAAUGUCACACCAGAAGGGUCCAUGAGUGAGUCUGCAUCUGCUCCGGUCAGCGCAAUUUAGUGCCAUGUUGUUGGCUCAGGUGUGUCUGGGCAAAAAAAAUGAAUAUCCUUUUGAUUCGCUGUAAUGACACAAGUGUUGCUGUAGAGGGCGGCAACCGCUUUGAAUGCGGUCAGAUGACGAAUUAGCAGGAAGGCGCAGAGGAAGAAAUGACCACUCACUCUAGUCCGAGUCCUCCCAGUCUGAGUCCUCCUAUAUAGCUCGUCUACAUGAGCUUCCAGCACAGUUUACAUUGUCAAAACUUUAGUGAAGCUGUUAUAACGUAUCGUUGAUGCUACGUUUUUAUCUGACAAACCGGCACUCGUUUAAUACGCUUAGAAUCCAAAAUGUUAGAUGCCAAUGCAUCUGCGAAUGACACGGAUACGCUCGCUUGUGGAGAUGGGGAGAAGGAACUGCCUUUGUGUGAAUCAAAGGAGCAGGGUUUUAAACUGGUACAGGAGGUCAGCAUGACCCCCUCCUCCAGGUUUCUGCAGGUUGAACUGGAGCUGAACGCCCACCUCCGUCGGCUCACCUUCAGCGAGCCUGUCCGGUACAUUUACAACCCGCUGGAGUACGCCUGGGACACCCACCGCUGCUACGUGGAGAAGUACUGUCAGGGCGGACAAAAGAUCCUGUUUUUAGGGAUGAAUCCGGGACCUUUCGGUAUGGCACAGACCGGGGUCCCCUUUGGUGAAGUAAGGUCUGUUGUUGAUUGGCUGAAGAUCACAGGGGAGGUCGGUCAUCCUCAGGACGAGCAUCCUAAGCGGCGGAUCACCGGACUUGCCUGCACUCAGAAGGAAGUGAGUGGCGCCCGUUUCUGGGGCUUCUUCAGGAAGUUGUGUGGCGAACCAGAACUGUUCUUCCAGCACUGCUUUGUGCACAAUCUAUGCCCGCUCAUUUUCAUAGGUGCUAGUGGGAAGAAUCUAACCCCCCCUGAGCUGCCUGCAGGUGAACGGGAGGCCCUCUUGGCCCUGUGUGACGUUGCACUGUGCCAGGCGGUGGAAGCAUUGGGCGUCUCCAUGGUGAUCGGGGUUGGAAGGGUGGCAGAGCAGCGGGCGCGGCGAGCUCUAUCAGCAGCAGGUGUCAACGUGUGUGUCGAGGGCAUCAUGCAUCCGUCACCCAGAAACCCACUAGCCAAUAAGGGCUGGGAGGAAGUAGCCAACGCCAAGCUGGCAGAACUUGGUGUCUUGUCACUGCUGAACAACAUGUGAGCUAUUCAACCUUCUCUGACACGUGCCUUCAGUUAUCAGUAGCAGCAUGGAUUGCACGGACUCUGACAAUGGACCAUGGUGUGAGGAGUUUGAGUAAGAGACUACCGUUUCAUUCCAAUACCCAUACUUGCAUACUAUUUAGUAAGCCAGGAAGAGAUUUAGUAUGUCCCAAAUAGUAUGUCAAACGCAGUAUGCUAAAAAAUGUCCUACUGGAUGUCUUAGUGCUAUGUUCCAACUGUAUGCUAACAUCAUGCAACAAUUCAUACUUUGUAAGGGCAGCUGCAGUACAUACUAAAGUAAAAAAAAAGUAUGCAAUUUGGAAUUCAGCUUUAGUGUUUGUCUGUAAACACAUCUGUUCAGCAACUGCACAUUUUCUUCUUCUGUAAAGAUCUGUCUGUCUGUUCAUUUCAAGAUGGCUUUUCUUUACAGAUCAGUGCGUGUGGAGCACGGCACUAGGCUGUGCAACAAACAAUACAAGUGUAUUGUGUAAAAAAACGACAACUAAUCACUAAUGUUACUAUAAGGUGCUCUGGGUGUUUCAACUUUAAAUUCAGCCUCACCGCAGGCAUUACCGCCUGUCCCAAUAUGUAUUAGCUAAUGAGGAUGCCUAUUGGGACACACAAUGAACACUAAACAUGACAAUGAAAAUAGAUUCCAAAAUGCAGUACUGUGAAUGCACAUACUAGACAUUUUAAUUUACCUUCAAACGGUAUUAAUUUACCAAAUUGAACAAUUGUCAUUUUAACUUUAAAAACAAGGCAUUUUGCCUUACUACCUGUUUCCAAAAAUAAAUUCAUAAAGGUGCAGUCCAUACCUUACUGUCCUACUGUAGCUUUUGCAGUUCAGAAAUAUUCUGAUAUGACAAAGUUAUUUUGUAAAUAUGCAGUUGUAUUGUUCAUGCUGGACAACUGUGCAAGAUUUUUCUUUUGUUUUCUUUCAAAAAAAAUCUUUUUAAAUUGUCUUUUUUUUGGGAUAAUGCAUUUGAUUUCUUUACACACAGAUUUUUAUCCAAUUCUGUGUAUUUCUGGGCUCAGCACUCUUGAAAACUUGGUGUUUUAAUAAAUAUAGAGUAAUGAAAUAUAAAAAUCAUUAUCUCCCUCUGGUAAUUGAACGAUGAAGGCUUACUGACAACUAAGCAAGAUAUUUAGCAUGUUAGCAUGGUAAUAUGCUAAGUAAGGCUUAAGUUGAUGGGAAAUGAAUUAGUUUCAGCGGUAUCCUGUCAUGAAUGAAGUGGAGCCAGGUGAAACACAGGUGAAACAAAAAAUGUGUCUUGUCGCAGUAGAAAAAAUAAAUACAAAUAAUACAAUUAAUAAUGUCUGAAUUCCAUUUAGCUGGCAUUGUGCAUGCUGGCUUACUGUCACGGCUUCCUGGGACACUGGAAUAGAACAGAGCCAAUCUUAAUGGUAUUAUUGACAAGUGCUUUUCCUACUAUGACAAGCCAAAACAUGGUUUCUCUGAAAAGGCUAAGACAAAAUCAGUGGAGACCUUUGAAAGUACAGUGCCUUGCGGAAGUAUUCGGCCCCCUUGAACUUUUCGACCUUUUGCCACA